AAGUAAUUGCCAUCACCAACAACUGCUGCUGUUUACAGUUUUUUAGGCUGAAAAUCGCUUAAAAAGGACAUUUACAGCUAUUUAAGAGUGUGCGUAGGCGACGCUUUGUGUAUUUAAGGUCAGCACCAAUUAAAAAACGAACUGCACGGUGUGAGCAACGGGCACACGGGUGUUACGCUCCUAGCUGCAGUUAAGGUGAAGGACAACAAAGGAGCCAAGGACAGGACGCCACGCAAUGGCCACGUGCAAUCGAAAUCUGAAUGAUAACUGUGACAAUACGGCAACAACAACAUGCCUCACCAAAUGCCCUCCACUUGCUGUAAGCCUCAAUGUAUUGCCCGACGAGAUACUCGAGUUUAUAUUCACCUAUUUGCCGCCCUAUGGCGAUCUGGAGCACUGCAGCCUGGUCUGCAAGCGUUGGCAACUGAUUGUGAAGAAUCUUGUGCGCCGCUCACAACUAAAUCUGGAAAAGGGCCUGGCCGACUUUCGGCUGCGCUGGGAGGUGUUCUCACAACAGACGGCGGCCUCUUUGGAAGCAAACUGCCCGAGCAUACCAACGGGUAUGCCCAUGCCUAUUAUAGCAGGACGCUUUGCACACUCGGCAGUGCGGCUAGGUAACUCGAUGUAUGUCUUUGGUGGCGGCUCCUCGUCGGACACAACAUUUAAUGAUCUGUGGCGCUUCGAUUUAACACAUAUGCGCUGGUCGCGUCCACUUGCGACGGGUACAUAUCCCUCACCCAAGGGCAGCGCUUCCAUGGUGGCCUGGCGGGAUAAAUUAGUGCUGUUUGGCGGCUGGCGUUAUCCCUCGUUACAUCCACCGUAUCAGCCGUGGUGCCUGUUCGAUGAGCUACACUACUAUGAUCUGCCCAAAGACCGCUGGCUGGCGCGCAACUCACUUCCAUGCCCACCGCCCAUGGCAGGUCAUUCGGCCAGUGUGCAUGGGAAUAGCAUGAUUGUGUUUGGCGGCUAUCAGAUAAAGGAUGACGUCAAUGUCAACUCUAAUGAUACCUGGGUGCUGGAUCUGGAUGAGCAGCGAUGGUGGCAGCCAAUCUUUGUAGGCAACACGCGACCUGCGCCGCGUUACGGUCAAAUUCAGGUGGAACUCGAUAAGCAGCAUCUACUCAUCGUUGGCGGUUGCGGCGGCGCCAAUCGGGUUUACACAGAUGCCUGGCUGCUGGACAUGACGCGUGAUGCCUGGUGUUGGAAGCAGCUGAACGUACGCAACAAACACUUUGGCGCCGUCCACAUGUGGUGCAAUCCUGGCUGCAGGGUUAAUAACUAUUUGGUUGUGGUGGGCCCAUCGCCCAAAAUGCCCCUUGACUUUCAGAUAAUGAAGCAGAGCCGUGUGCCAGCUGUGGGCGGCAACGCAUUACGUUUUGCUGGGCUAGGCCAGGUGCCGGCACCGCCACCGCCGUUCUACCAACAACAACAGCAGCAGCCCGGGCAGCGAGUACCACUGCCGGAGCGUAGACCAGGCGCCAUGCUGCCUGAACAGCAUCAGCGUGGCAACAAUGGACGUUUCGGUGCUGCCGCCGCCUUGCCACCACAGGAGCAGUAUUUGGCCAACAGGCGGGCCAUACUGGACCAGAACAUGCAACAGGCGCAGCAAUUUAUGCAUAACAACAAUGUCAACAAUAACAACAACAACUACCAGCCGCGCUCUGGACGUCUUAGCGAUUUGCAUUCACCGCCUGCAGCCGCGCCUGCUGCAGCGACAAGUGGAGCACCUGCUGCAUCUGAUGGCGAUGCAGAUGCUGCACAGAGAUUACAACGCAAUCUGGCGCUGCGCUGUCGUGACAACGAGCCGCUGCUGCCCAAGCGUUUUGACGAGCACUACGAGGACCCCUUUCGCAUGGCCGCAUUCAAUUUACCCGGACGUUCACGCAGUGCAUCGCGCGAUCAUAGCGAACGUAUACGUCGCAUGGAGGAGAAAAUGAAUGCUAUACGCAACUCGCGACGCAGUGCACCCGCCCAUGUGGAGCCGCAAACAUUGCGAGCCCCCUCUCCGAAGCGUGUCCGAUGUAAUGUCCAGUCGCUGUUCGUUUGCGACAUCUCUAGCUUGCUGCAGCGUGAUGCGAACAGUGAGCCUGGCCUGGAUUGGGUGGAGUACAAGAAUUUUGGUGUUUUAAGCGGGGCACCCGAUCGCCUCAUACUGUCCAGCCUGAUAGCGGGCAACGGGGAGCUGAUAUUAUUUGGAGGCGUGCAUAAGGAGACGCUAACGGACAUCACACACCAUGUGUCCAAUUCCAUACACUUUCUCAGUGUACCACGUGAUAUUAUCUAAGCGCAGGCACAAGCCAUACCACACACACACAAAUGCAUAUUUAGCUAAAAAUAUUUCUUAUAAGCCUAAGCUAUUGCUACCCUUUUAAUCUGCGUAACUGCAUCCUUCAAAUCCUUGAAAUUAGUUGCUGCGUUUAGACUUUAAAUUUGAGUUAACAUGUAAUAUAUUAUAAUUUACUCGCAUGAUUAAAUGGGGUGAACCUUA